AGUUGAGAGCUGAAAUAGUAAUACACAAAGCAAAGUGAUAAAACCAAAAACGAAAAGGAAAAGACCCCAAAAAUAAAACAAACCCUAACGCCUUCCUAGGCGGCGUAGUUACUGAUCUUUGUUUGUUUAAAGCUUUUAGGGAUUCUCAAUCUUCGAUUCAAUCUUCUCUUCGUUUUCGAUUCGUUUAUACAUACGCAUAUAGAUUGUAGUAGCAGAGAGAGAUGGCGGAUCGAUUGACUCGUAUUGCCAUCGUCAGCUCCGAUCGGUGCAAGCCCAAAAAGUGCCGCCAGGAAUGCAAAAAGAGCUGUCCUGUUGUCAAAACCGGUAAACUGUGCAUUGAGGUCACUCCUGCAUCUAAAAUUGCUUUCAUCUCUGAGGAGCUGUGCAUUGGUUGCGGUAUCUGUGUUAAGAAAUGCCCAUUUGAAGCAAUUCAAAUUAUCAAUCUACCAAAAGAUUUGGAUAAAGAUACGACCCACCGAUAUGGCCCCAAUACCUUUAAAUUGCACAGGUUACCAGUACCGAGGCCGGGACAAGUUCUUGGUUUGGUUGGAACAAAUGGCAUUGGGAAGUCGACUGCCCUUAAAGUUUUGGCUGGGAAAUUGAAACCUAAUUUGGGCCGUUUCAAUAACCCUCCGGAUUGGCAAGAAAUCUUGGCAUAUUUCCGCGGAUCUGAACUACAGAAUUAUUUCACCCGUAUUUUGGAAGAUAAUUUGAAGGCCAUCAUCAAGCCCCAAUAUGUUGAUCACAUUCCAAAAGCAGUGCAAGGCAAUGUUGGGCAAGUGCUCGAACAGAAAGAUGAAAGAGACAUGAAAUCAGUACUUUGUGCUGAUCUUGAGCUGAAUCAGGUUUUGGAUCGCAAUGUAGGGGAUCUAUCUGGGGGAGAGCUUCAGAGAUUUGCUAUUGCUGUUGUUGCUAUACAGAAUGCAGAGAUAUAUAUGUUUGAUGAACCCUCAAGUUAUCUUGAUGUAAAACAGAGACUUAAAGCUGCCCAAGUUGUUCGAUCCCUGCUCAGGCCUAAUAGUUAUGUGAUUGUCGUGGAGCAUGACCUUAGCGUCCUAGAUUACUUAUCAGACUUCAUUUGCUGUCUAUAUGGGAAGCCUGGUGCAUAUGGAGUUGUUACCCUUCCUUUCUCUGUUAGAGAAGGAAUCAAUAUAUUUUUGGCUGGAUUUGUCCCCACAGAAAAUCUACGUUUUCGGGAUGAAUCUCUUACCUUCAAGGUUGCUGAGACUCCACAGGAAAGUGCUGAGGAGAUUGAAACAUAUGCACGUUAUAAGUACCCAACCAUGUCUAAAACUCAGGGAAAUUUCAAGCUUAGUGUGCUGGAGGGUGAAUUUACUGAUUCCCAAAUUGUUGUAAUGCUGGGUGAGAAUGGUACAGGGAAGACAACAUUCAUCCGCAUGCUGGCUGGUUUAUUGAAACCUGAUACCGUAGAAGGUUCUGAUGUGGAGAUACCGGAAUUUAAUGUUUCUUACAAGCCUCAGAAGAUCAGUCCAAAGUUUCAAUAUCAAGUCAGGAACUUGCUGCAUCAGAAAAUACGUGAUUCCUAUAUGCAUCCCCAGUUUGUGUCAGACGUGAUGAAGCCUCUUCAGAUUGAACAAUUAAUGGAUCAAGAAGUUGUGAAUCUUUCUGGAGGGGAGUUGCAAAGGGUUGCGUUAUGUCUAUGCCUUGGAAAGCCUGCAGAUAUUUAUCUGAUAGACGAACCAAGUGCAUAUCUUGACUCUGAGCAGCGUAUUGUUGCCUCAAAGGUUAUCAAGCGAUUCAUCCUGCAUGCAAAAAAGACUGCAUUUGUGGUCGAGCAUGAUUUUAUAAUGGCAACCUAUCUGGCAGAUAGGGUCAUUGUAUAUGAGGGAAGACCAUCCGUGGAUUGUACUGCAAACACACCACAGUCACUGUUGACUGGCAUGAAUCUUUUCCUAUCUCAUCUUAACAUCACGUUUAGGCGGGACCCAACAAAUUAUCGGCCCAGAAUCAACAAAUUGGAGUCUACUAAGGACAGGGAGCAAAAAUCUGCUGGAUCCUAUUAUUACCUGGAUGAUUAACUUUAUUAUGAAUAGUUGGUGGUUAUCAAAGAUAAAGGGCGUCAAUAUCUGCCACUUAUGGGAGCUUCACCGUGCUUUUUUGAUAUUUUGAUCAGCCAAGAGCCCCCCUUCUCAGUGGUCAAGAGGAUGAGUACAUUUGGGAGUAAUUUAUUGAUUUUCCUUUGGUAUUUAUAUGGCAAGUAUGCUUUAUUAUGUUGACCCGUUUGGCCAUGUUGGGCGAUUGAAAGAUUUCGUGAUUGUACUGUCUUUUUGGUGUAACAAUCGGUGAAUUGGACUUAAAUGUAUGAAAAUUUACUAGGGAGGAGGUACGGAGUGAAUGUCCAACAAAUUUUGUUUUGGACACGAACCUUGUUGUGGUAUCCUUUAUUGGAUCUCUCUCUUAACAUUCUCAUU